GUAUUUCUUGGUGCCGAUCAGCAGGUUCAAGAUACCAAGUGUGAUUGCCCUAGAGGUCAGCUGAAAUGCCAGCACAUUGCUGCAGGGAUGAUUUAUGCCAACAAAAACAUUAGUAGAACAUCAGUGAGCUUGUUGAUGCCAGAACCAGAGACCAAAAGAGUGAAAACUGUAGAGGAUGUGUUCACAUCAAAAGAUUAUUUGGAGGCUAAAGACAAAUCUAAUCACUUACUUGAAAAGUUGAAAGUGAAAUCCAAUGAUAUAACUCACAUUGAAAGUGUUACAAAGGGACAGAGUGAGAGUUCUUUGUGGUACAUGUAUAGAAAAGGAAGGUUGACAGCAAGUAACUUUGGACUAGUUAUCAAAGCAACAGAAACCAACCGUUACCCUGCAUCACUUUAUAAGCGCUUGCUAGGAGAGUACGACUUAAGUGGCAUGAAAGCAAUUCAGUGGGGUAAAGACCAUGAGUCUGUAGCAGUGGAAGCCUUCAUGCAGUCAACAGGACUAGUGACUAGACCUUCAGGUUUCAUACUACCAUCAGAUACAGGGCCAAUUACACCUUUCUAA